AAACGGCAAAACAUCAAGGACCAAAACCACUAUUCCACCAAAGAUAAAAAAAGAAAAGAUUUAAGAAACAAGUAAAGAGAAAACCAAAACCUAAACCUAAAUCGAGGCCGCCUCUUCUAUUCCCCACCGUCGAUGCGCCGUUCAUCGGUCAGAUUUUCGGCUCAUCACCGCCACUCCGCCACCGUUAACCACACCCUUUUCACCAUAUCCAAUAUCUCCUUCUUAUUACACGUUUUUUCUCGUUGACAUUUUAUCAAACACCUUACGUGCAUUCGUCUUCACUCAUAUCCUACUCGAUUUUCAGUCUUUUCCGUUAGGGUUCUUGCAUAAUACUCGUAAUUAUCAACAACCCACUUUGAAUUUCACACGGAGACCAUAUCAUGAGUGAUCAACCUCAGGUACUGUUAUUCGGGUCAUUUUCUGAAGAUGAAGUCAUAUCAUGGCUUAACAAGCCAUCUGAAAACGCUAAAAAGCCUGCGAAAAGCAAACCUUUGGAUCUUAAUUCGUUAAAGAUAUCAAGUGAUAUAUCUUUUGGUAGUUUCAACGGUGAAUCACACAAGAGCACAAACGCUUCCAAGGGUUCAUCUAAUCUCAACCCAACUGGCAUUUGCAAGAAUGGUAAAGUUAGCCCUUCUGAACCGAUUAAAAAUCUCAAGCCUGAAGCUUUAAUACACCCAAAACAAAAUGGAGCACCACAUCAUAACGGUAACAUGGCGCUAAAAACCGUUCAUAAUAUCAAUUCGGUAGUGCACACGAAAGUCGAAACUUUAGGCAGUGUGAAAGAAGAGAAGUCGAAUGAACCGAUUGAAACAUGCUUGUUACCUCGUGGGUUAAUUAACUCAGGGAACAUGUGCUUUCUCAACGCUACAUUGCAAGCUCUUUUGUCUUGUUCACCAGUAGUUCAACUUUUGCAGGGUAUAAGAGCCCGUGUUGCUCAGAAGACUGGCUAUCCGACGUUAGCUGCAUUUGGUGAAUUUAUUUCUGAAUUCAAGAUGCCUGUUGGUGCAAGCUCAAAGGACACAACGCAAACGGGUCGGCCUUUCAGCCCAGCCAUGUUUGAAGUGGUCUUGAAGAAUUUUACUCCUGAUGUUCCUAAUAGCAUUUCCGGGAGGCCCAGGCAAGAAGAUGCACAGGAGUUUUUAAGUUUCGUCAUGCAUCAAAUGCACGACGAACUACUAAAGCUUGAAGGACAAGCGUCAAACGCAAAUGGCAACGGGUCGUCACUUGUUUCAUCUGUAGAAGAUGAUGAUUGGGAGACUGUUGGUCCGAAGAACAAAUCUGCGGUAACGAGAACACAAAACUUUGCUCCCUCGGAAGUGCGUGCAAUCUUUGGAGGUCAAUUGAGAAGUGUUGUUAGGGCAAGAGGGAAUAAAGAUUCGGCUACUGUUCAACCGUUUUUUUUGCUUCAUCUUGAUAUAUCUCAUGAUGGUGUUGCUAAUAUUGAGGACGCCCUUCGUCUCUAUUCUAUGCCGGAGACACUUGAUGAGUAUCGAACAACAUCCGGAAAGGCUGGAGUUGUGACAGCCAGAAAAUCUGUCAACUUACAAACACUUCCAAAGAUAAUGAUAUUGCACCUGAAGCGAUUUGGCUAUGGAACCAAUGGAAGUACAAAAUUACACAAACCUGUACGCUUCCCACUUGAGUUGCUCCUAAGUCGUGAUUUGCUUGUUUCAACUGCAACAAAGGAUCGAAAGUACACACUUAUUGCAUCCGUAACACACCAUGGAAGAGAAGCUUCGAAGGGGCAUUACACUGCAGAUGCUUGUUAUCCAAAUCAGCAAUGGUUUCGAUUUGAUGAUGCUUCGGUUACUGCAAUAAGCACAAACAAGGUCCUACAUGACCAGGCCUAUAUCCUUUUCUACAAAAGACUAUAAACUGCAGUAUGUGCUUAUUCUUCUAGCACAAGGCCAAGCCCAAUGCAGCAACAGAUGGCCCACAAAGAGGGCUGCCCAUGUGGCACGAGUUUAUAUGCCAGAAAGCUGAUGUCAUCGGAAUUUGAAUGGUCGAGUUUGAUUGAUUGGCAAGCUAGUUUCAGAAAUGGUUGUGCGGGUGAGGUUUAGUGUAUGUAGAGUAUUGAUAUGUACAUUCUUUGCUUCAAUGUCUAGAGGUUCAAAGUAUUGGCAACGCAUGUUGACAUUUUUGUUGGUUUGUUUCGUGUUGGAUCUUGUCGUUUUGAUAUUUGAAAAUAAUAUAUACUUGGUAGUUUAAGUAACAAA